AUGGGAAAAAGGAAGAGAGAGACGGAGGAGGGACCGCGCAAGGCGAUGAAGGGCGAGGGAAAGAAAGAGAGAGCUACAAUACAGAUAGUGACGGGCUCCUACGAGCGAGUCCUCCACGGCAUCAACGCAACAAUAUACGAAGAUGAAGCAGAAGAGACGAGGUUUACGGAUACAUUUCUCUUCCAGGCGCAUACGUCGGCCGUCCGCUGUCUCGCGCUGUCGCCGAUGCCCAGCGCAGACAACGAGCAGCAGCAGAACGUCCUGCUGGCGACUGGCGGAACAGACGACCGCAUCAACCUGUACAGCCUCUCCGUCUCGCCGAUGGCUGCAGACGCGGAUCUGGUGCCCGUCCCCUCGCUGGCCGGCAACAAGAUCCUCGAGAACCCCAGGAACCGCGAGCUGGGCGCGCUGAUGCACCAUUCGGCCAGCAUCACGGCCAUGCACUUCCCAACCCGCUCGAAGCUGCUCUCGGCCGCAGAGGACAAUACCAUUGCCGUCACCAGGACGAGGGACUGGACGGUCGUCUCGUCGAUCAAGGCGCCGCAUCCCAAGACGCAGGGGAGGCCGAGUGGUGAUACGGCGCCGGUGGGUGGUGCGCCUGCGGGCGUCAACGACUUUGCCGUCCACCCCAGCAUGAAGCUGAUGCUUACGGUGGGCAAGGGGGAGAAGUGCAUGCGGCUCUGGAAUCUGGUUACGGGGCGCAAGGCCGGCGUGCUGAAUUUUGGGCGCGAGGUGCUUACGGCGGCAAAGGAAGGGAAAUGGGGGAGCGGCGAGGGAAGGAAGAUCAGGUGGGAUUCGGCCGGGGAGGAGUUUGCCGUAGCAUUCGAGCGUGGCAUCGUCGUCUUUGGAGUGGACUCGGUUGCGAGAUGCAGAGUGGUGACCUCGCCAUUCACAAAGAUACACCACAUUGCGUAUCUAGACCUCGACUCGUCGGAUGAGAAGCUACUCGUUGCCUCCACAGAAGACGGACGGCUGGUGUUUUACUCGACGGCGGUUGACUGCCUGGAGGAGCCCGCAGAGGGGAGCGAGACCAGCAUCCCAACAGCGCCGUUCCUCUUCCAGCUGGGCGGCAAGGACCACGGCCAGUCCAGCCGGAUAAAGGAGUUUGAGAUUCUCCCUCUGCAGGAAGAUUCGAAGACGAAGCAGUACCUGGUCGUCACCUCUGGCAGCGACGGGGCCCUGAGAAUAUGGACCAUCAGUCCAGACGAGUUCAAACCUUUUAAACCUGCAAAGGCUAAAGCUUCAAAGGCCGGCAAGAAGUCUGUUCCCGUCCAGCCUAUGCAGAUAGGCAAAGUCCUGGGGACAUACGAGACUGGGAAUAGGGUUACCUGCAUGAAGGCGUUUAUCAUGCGUGAAUCUACAGUCCCGGACGAUGAUGAUGAAGAUGAAGACGAGGAAGAGGAAGAGGAAGACGAGGAAGAGGAAGACAGUGAAGACGACUAG